AGCGGAGCGGAGCAGGCUGAGCAGCUCCGUGUGUCCACAAAUGUGCGCAGGGUGAAGAAAGCGGCUCUUUGCUUGCUGUAGCUGUAAUCUUGGUUCCAUAGAGUCUAUAUCAGUUUUAUCCUAUUAGUGCAGCGGCGGAAGCUUCAGCAUCAGGAUAAACGCGCACUCAACAAAUCCAGCGACUUUCAGGUUACCGGGCACUGAAUGCUGAUUUUUGGAUAGUGCUUUGUGGCAAGGCCGACCUGAAUAAUCAUCCAAGGUGUCAAGCCAGCACCUGCUCGAUGUCCUCUCCUCCCACAGUGUGAUGCGUCAUGGCUCCGGUGCUGAGUGGAGUGUGGUGGGGGCCGGAGGCUGGCAUCGUGGGGUCGGGGGCGGCGGCCGCUAGUGGGGUGGCAUCGUGGCUGGGCAGUGGGCAGCUGGUCCUGGUUGGCACCCUGAGCACCCUCAUCGCCCUGGUGCUGCUUUCACUGCUGCUGCUGCUGUGUGCCAGCUGCCAGGGGCAGAAGAAAGCGGCUAAUGGACAUCCAGCAGCAGACCAUGAGAACCUCAUGAAUGGAGUGUCAGAGAGAGAGACGUUCAGCCAAUCAGCAGACAGCCCAGGGACAGACCUGGCCAUCAGCACAACCUCUCACAACGGCCCUCUAACCAGCGGUACAGUUCUGACAGACACCCAGGACACCAGUCCCCAGCCGUCAGAGGAGCUACUCUCCAGCCAAUCAGAGCUCAGGUCCUCCAAGUGUCCUCAGGACCGCGAGCUUCCCAGCAUCCCUCCUAACAGCGCCCUUAUCGGUGACGGGCCCCCAGCCUCAGGGGACGGCACCUAUGAGAUGGUGAAGGAGAUGGCGGUGGCGUCGCGUGACGUCAGCGUGGAAGACUCCCUGUACGAAACGGUGAAAGAGCUCAAAGACCCCCCCGCGCAGCUCGGCCUGCCCAACGGUACCUCCCACCUGAGCCCCGCCGACUCCCCCCAUCACCCCCCCGCUCUGCUCAACGGCCACCUCAGCCCCUGCACCCCUGAGCGGGGGCCCCUGUGCGCCGGGGUGGAGUACGCCUCGGUUGACCUGAAUAAGAAGAGCCGCUACAGCGCCGACAUGGAGGCCAAAAGGCGCUCGGAUAAUGCCGGCGCCCCCCCGCACAGGCCGCCGGAGGAGCCUGAGGACGACUUGCCCCCGCCGGUGCCCGAGAAGGUUCUGGAUGAAAACGACAACCAGCCAGGGAUGGUUAAUGGGGUGGUGGGGGCUGGGCUACACAAUGGAGAGUUACACUCCCCUCUAUCUCCCUCACCAGGGCUCGACAACCACAUUGUGUCAGACAAUGAGUCGGCAGUGUAUUCUACAGUCGACAAACCAAACUGUGGCGAUGCCGUAAACGAGGAAGAGAAAGAGCAUGAUUACAGCAGCAUUGGAGAGAUCAAAGGUCUUGUCCCUGCCUCCUCCUCCAGCGAUCUCUAUGCCACUGUCCGGGAUAUCUACCCCCAGCCUGACAGUCCUCCACCAGGUGAAGAACACCUCUUGGACAACCCGGACCCUGGCUAUGAAACCAUCCGCAUCCCUAAGACUGGUAGCUCGGACGAUGGUCACAGAGCUGGGCUGGGGGCGGAGGGGUUGGACGCCGCCAAGGCAGAGCCUGACUAUGAGAGUGUCGCAGAGUUGGGCCUGAACCGGGAAACGUCCCGCCUCUGACUGUACUCUUCUUCAUCUGUGGCAGUUGUUGUGAAAAGCUCAUGAAGGUGGUGUCUCCGAACAGAUCUUACGGACUAUAUUCCAGGACUUUGAACUUGCUACCAGGCAUGCUGUUGGUGCAUGACUUGGGGAAAUGGCAGAAAUGGCUCACCAUAGCAUCCUGGCUUUUAAUCAUCAUCGCAUGAAUGUCCUCUUUACAACUUGGGUACAUUUGAACAUAUCUGAACUUGACUCUCUUAACAAAAUGAUCAACCAGGGUGAAUGGCACUGUUAUUGGUACUAGCAAAGGAACGUUUAAAUGGUUGUAUCUCAGUCACUGGGCAUUAACCAUGUGCACUUUGGAACAUCACAUUUUCUCCUACAGUAUAUACACUGACAUAUCUUUAACAUUUCACAUCAUAAUUUUGAUUUUAUCAUAUAAGAAGCUGAGAAACUAUGAGUCGACAUUUAAAAUCACUAGGUUAUGUUUAGUUAUUAGCCAUUGUCACGUCAAUAUCCAGUCACAAAACGCUGGGGACACUUUGUCAGUGCCUGUGAUAUCAACAAUACCAAAAACUCAGUGCUGUAGAGUCACUAUUUUCACUUACUCACUUGAAGGUAACGUCAAUUUGGAUACCCCUGCUCCAACAGUGAGUGAUUUUGUAACUUUUAUCAGGUGAGUCAGUUUCUGUAACAGCUAUUAUGCAGGUGUGAGAUGGCAUCUGUUUCCUGGCUGUUCCUUAGAAAUGCCUGUGAAUGGAUUCUUGGCAUGGCACUGGGCAUGGCACGCUAAGGGCUCAGCCAGUCACAUCUGUCCCUGCCUUUACCCGUGACCAGAUAGUUGGUAAGGACAAAGAUAUCAUUUGGCAGAUGAUGGCGAUUAGAGAAACUGACUUUCUGACAUCUUUCCUCGAGGCCAUCCGUGUAAAUUUAUGGAUCCAAAAAAGAAAAUGACUCUGUAACAAAAUGGAAUUAGUCAUCUGCCAAACCACAAUGGAAACAAGGGUUGAAGGAAGGAGGUGCAGCUGCACACAGGGUAGUGGUUCCAAAAUGCAUUUAUAAAAAAGCAUUUUUUAAAUGUUUUACAGUCCAUGUUGACAUUGUAUAAUUCAUAUUUAUUUGAAGACACAUAUUGUGUAAUUGUUAGUUGUUAUGGAGUAUGUCUGUGAAUGCAGAGUGUAUAGGGUUUUAUAAAAGUUGCGUGGAAUUUUGCUAAGAUACUAAAUGAACGGUGGUUUGUGAAGGUGAUGACAGCUGUAAAGGUACACUUUUCCUGAUUUUUUUUUUUUAAGGUUACAUUGUCAAAAAAAAGAGAAGAAAAAUAUGGUGAGACUAUAUUUACAUGUUGUGAUCUCUUAAUCCUGUGAACUACUCAAGUGAGUUUUCAUCCUUUGAACAUUUUGCGCAAGGGUCAAAAAAUAUUCACAAUGUGAUAAAAUGGAAGAGCAAACUUGUACUAGUAGUGCAGCUGUAUUGAUUGUGUAUUUUUUUUUUUUUUGACAUGUUUUUGUUUUUGCUUACUCUACUGUAGGUACGUAUACAGUCUUUAUUCCAGCUGGCAUCCCUGAUGAUUUUAAAGCACAAGGGUUUAAUAUUAUGGUACUGCAUUUGUAUACAGCUUAUCAAAAGCAUCAUCACAGUCCCGUAUCAUACCUGCACAAUUUAAAUAUCCAAUGCUUUGUAACUUAGUAUUAGCACUCUGACAACACCAUAUCUGUAGCUCGUACUGACGACAUGCCAAGCAAGGCUUGUAUAUAGUUAAGAGUACUAUUUUAUUUUCUUGCCAGAAAUUUUAUGUAAGCUUUUACUUAUUUGUACAAUGUCCAGAGUGGUAUUGAUUAUUUUAAAAUAUGCCUGUUAAGAGCACUGAUGUACGUCUGCAAUGUUGCUUUAAGGGAAACCGAAACCUGUUGUCCAGUGGCUUCUGUUGUUUAUCGUAAUUCAAAGUUGUCAAAAACUUUUGGGGUUUGACAAGUAGUAACCAAUCAGAUGUCAAAAAUAUGGUACAAAGUGUUGGUACAUGAAUUUUAACAAACAGUAAGGUUGGUACUUUUAUUAAGAAAAAAAAAAAAAAGAAUUGUCUGAAUAAUGUUUGAUGUUUAGUUAUAAAUACAGUAACAGGGCCAUUGCUUUGUGUAAAUACCUCUUUCAGUGGCAUUUCCCUCUUGC